UUUAGAAAUUGUUUACGGCAAAACACAUUCCGUUUUGGUUAGUCUUCGAUUGUAAGUUAGAGUGUUCGAACGUCACUGUCUGUUCAUUUUGAAUUUCGGUUUGAAUGAUACGAAGUCAAAAUACAAUGAAGCAAAGCUAAAAAAAAUUUGUGAGAGAAAAAAAAGCGAAAGAAAGAAAGAGAAGCAAAACAAAACAAUUAUUUGCUGAAGAAAAGAGAAGAAGAAAAAAAAUAUCGUGCAAAAUAGUAAGAGUGCUGUUUUUGUUUACUCCAAUUUGUGACGAUAGAGAGCAAUAUUGGCUAAGAAAGUAUCUCUACUCUCUGGUGCGUCAGUGUGUAUAAAAAAAGAAUCUCACAAGUUUUUCUUUACGUUUAAUUUAUUAUUAUUUAUUACGAUUUAGCAUUUGUGAACAAUUUAAUAUCGGUUAAAACGAAUAAACUAAGCGCAAAAACUGACAUUUCAACAUCAUCAUUGCGAAAGUGAUAAAUUUAGUGCAUUUUGAUCGUCCAUGUGUUUGAAUAACAACCACAUUAAAUCAGGGAUUUGAAGAGAGAAUAUUUAGUAAUUAAAAAAAGACACACAUCAAAUAUGUAUCGCGAACAAUUUGUGUUUAUAUUGCUUUUGGCGUAUAGCUUUCAGCCGAUUUUAGCACUGCCUGGAGGUGCACCACAAUCGGUGUGUCACUCGUUGUUACCAUUUCAUGGCGGUGGUAUUCCACCAUCCUCAUCACGACCACCGUAUCGUAUAGUACCACACAAUGUUGCCGUCAAUCAAGGCCAAGUUUUACGCGUUGAAAUCGAACCUCAAUUUCCCGAAUUAAAUUUUGGUGGUUUUAUGAUUCAAGCACGAAAUAUCCGUCCACCAUAUCAAGUUAUCGGUCGAUUUGCACCGCCUCCGGACAAUCAAGCUCAGCUUAUUGAUUGUGGUGGUUUUGACAAUACUGCUACACAUACAUCACCCGCACCGAAAUCAGGUAUUUCCUUCCAAUGGCAGGCACCAUCGGACUUUUUGGGUGAAAUUGUAUUCAAUGCAACAGUUGCUCAAGAAUAUGCCAAAUUUUGGGUUGGAAUCGAAUCGCCUGUAAUCAAUGUUGUUUCACGUAAUGUUCCCAUUUUGCCAUCAUAUAAUAAUGGUGGUGCCACAACUAGAAGACCGCCGUUUAAGCAAUCCGUUCCAAAUUACAUUCCAACCAGCAACGAUCAAUACGAAGAACAAACAGAUCCAAUUUAUGAAGGAUGCGGUCAAACAAAAAUAUGUUUCGGAUUUCCAGAUGGAUGUGUUAAUUCAAAAUCAUGUCGAACGAUAGCAACUUCAAUUGUUCGCGGUGAACGAUAUGAAUUCGAAAUAAAAUCAGCACCCGGUGAAAAUCCAGCAUAUGUAGCAGUUGCACUGUCCAGUGACGAUAAAAUGGGUGAUGACUCGGUAAUGGAAUGCGUCCCAGAAGCUGGACAAAUUCGUGCAUACGCAUCAUGGACAUUACCACGACCAAAUCUUGGUGUUACACGUCAAGGAAUUCCACAAAAAUUUAUCCGUCUUUUGGAUGCAUCGUAUAUCGACGGUGUAAUUUAUUGUCGAAUUUCGCGUGACGCACGAUCAACUAUUUAUGGAAAAGAAUUCAAUUUAAUAAACACACAAUAUCAUUUAUUGGUUGCAUCAGGCAGCAGUUUGAAACAAAAUAGCGUUGGAUAUCAUGAUAUUGGACGUUUAGCAUCGGGAUCUCCUAGCUAUUUAGCAGAUGUGGCUGUUUUCGGUGGCGCAUCAAAAUUGUUUUUACGCUUGCAUGCCGCUUUCAUGAUUACGGCAUGGAUUGGAACCGCUUCGGCUGGAAUUUUAUUGGCUCGUUACUUCAAACAAACAUGGGUUGGCAGCCAAUUAUGUGGCAAAGAUCAAUGGUUUGCUUGGCAUCGAAUGUUCAUGAUAUUGACUUGGGGAUUGACAAUUGCUGCCUUUGUUUUGAUUUUCAUUGAGCUUGGUGCUUGGUCAGCCGAAGACAAUCCGCAUGCCAUUCUUGGAACGAUAACAACAAUUAUUUGCUUUUUACAACCAAUCGGAACUCUAUUCCGGCCAGCACCAACUUCCAACAAACGUCCAAUUUUCAAUUGGCUUCAUUGGUUGGGUGGAAAUAUUGCGCAUAUACUUGCAAUUGUCACAAUCUUCUUUGCGGUGAAAUUGGCCAAAGCCGAAUUGCCUAGCUGGUUUGAUUGGAUUCUUGUAGCGUUCGUUGCCUUCCAUGUGAUCGUACACCUUGUGCUUUCGAUUUUCUCUUGGAUACAGAUCUGUGGCUGUGUGAGUGAACGAAGUGCUCAACGUGUCAAUAACUUCCCAAUGGCUGAUAUGUCACCAUCUAGAAGCAGCAUGAAGGAGCGCAAAUUAGAUGCACCGUUCUCGGGAUUGCGAAAGAUCAUUCUCACGAUUUAUAUACUCAUUGUGAUAAUAUUCGUCGUUGUUCUCGUAUUGAUUGCUGUAUUUGCACCGAUCGAAGAGGCCAUUAAAUCAUUGUAAAGCAUGAGUGACAAUUAGUUCUAGCCAUUCGAAUUUCAAAGUAAAUUUAUAGCAAAAUGUAUACACAUUAGAUUCCAGAGAGUCAAACAAUAACCGUACAAGAAAUGACAUAGAAAUUAUAAAUACAACUGGCAAGAGUCGUAUAUUUAUUUUUUAAACGAAAAGAACAACAACAAAUGACAAAGACUCGUCGUCGUAUACCACAUUAUUUUAUUUUGUCUGUCUUUCCAUAUUGUUUUUCGUUUAGUAUAUUUUUUUGAUUUUUAAAUAUUCUCCAUUGGACAUCAUCAUUUGUAAUAAACAAAGAAAUUGCGGUCGUUAUGAAUGAAUGGUAAUUUUUUUUUGUAUGAAAGAGAUUGUAUAUGUGAGAUCGAAAUGUUUAUUGUGUGCUAUAUUGUUCUCCGUCCAAGCAAAAGCUAAUUUUUAAUCAAAUGCACGAAUAUAGAUCAUUUUAAGGACGAAUUUUUAUUUAGGCAAUAGCUUUUGUAUAUGUAUGUAAUGUUUCUAACUGUUAAUUUAAACAAACAAACUAAUCAUUGUGCAAAUCAAAACACAAUAAGGUAUAAAAAUAAAUCUGAUUUGAUUCGAUUGACCAAAUGUUUACAUGAAAAAUAAAUAUUGGUUGCAUAAUAA